GAAAAAAAAAAAAAAAGAAAAAAAAAAAAGGAGGGAGGAGGAACCCUGGCAAGUUGAGUUUGGUACCUCAGCCGGGCUGCGGGGAUCGACGGGCGAUGGAUAAGGAUGAGAUCCACCUGCACAGGCUGCCUGCCGCCGCGCCGUGGGGACCACACGCAGACAGUGAUUUUCAUGGGGUGGAUUUUCUGCCUGACGACCUCAGUGACGUUCCAGACGAGACAGGCAUGAGAGUGAACAAGAAAUACUCCUGCCUGCCUGCUGAGGAGAAGGGGAUCCACAUCAUCAACAUCCGAGCUAUUGAGGAUAUAGGAUAUGACCAGCAUGAAAGCACACUGUUGAACUCCCUAUCCAAAAAUCCAGAUGCUGACUGCAAGUAUGGACUCUACUUCCGAGAUGGCAAGAGGAAAGUGGAUUACAUCCUGGUCUAUCACUACAAGAAGUCUUCAGCAGGGAGGACGCUCACCAGGAGAGCCCUGCACAAUGAUGGAGGUGCCAAGAGCACCAGGCAGGACCCACUGCCUGGGAAGGGUGUGCAAAUGGAGAUGGGUGAGAGUGAGCCCCACGCUGACUGCCACGAAGACGACAAGAGGUUUCGCAGGGAGGAGUAUGAGGGGAACCUGGUGGAGGCUGGCCUGGAACUGGAACGUGAUGAGGAUACUAAGAUCCACGGGGUUGGAUUUGUAAAAAUCCACGCGCCAUGGAAUGUAUUGUGUCGAGAGGCAGAGUUUCUUAAGCUCAAGAUGCCAACAAAAAAAAUGUAUCAAAUCAAUCAGACCCAUGGUCUUCUGAAAAAGAUCAACUCAGUAAUUCAGAAGAUAACGGAGCCCAUCCAGCCCAAGGUGGCUGAGCACAAACCACAGACGGUGAAGCGCCUUUCCUACCCCUUCUCCAGGGAGAAGCAGCACUUAUUUGAUUUGUCUGACAGAGAUUCCUUCUUCGACAGCAAAACAAGAAGCACUAUAGUUUAUGAAAUUCUGAAAAGAACAACAUGUACCAAAGCAAAAUAUAGCAUGGGGAAAGGAGAGGGAAGAAAGAAGGAAACUGCCCUUUUAAAUAAAAGACGAAAAUGUGGUAAAUAUGGGAUAACCAGCCUGCUUGCCAAUGGAGUUUACAGUGCUGCAUAUCCUUUGCAUGAUGGUGACUAUGAAGGUGAAAAUGUCGAACCCAAUGACAGAAAACUCCUGUGUGAGGAGUGGGCAAGCUAUGGAGUGUUCUAUAAGUACCAGCCCAUUGAUCUGGUGAGAAAAUACUUUGGAGAGAAGAUUGGACUAUAUUUUGCCUGGCUGGGAGUUUAUACACAAAUGCUUAUUCCAGCUUCCAUUGUAGGGAUUAUCGUUUUCCUAUAUGGCUGUGCAACUGUGGAUGAGAACAUACCAAGUAUGGAAAUGUGUGACCAGAGAAACAAUAUCACCAUGUGUCCCUUGUGUGACAGAACAUGCAGUUACUGGAAGAUGAGCUCCGCUUGUGCGACUGCUCGUGCAAGUCAUCUGUUUGAUAACCCUGCAACUGUCUUCUUCUCAGUCUUCAUGGCUCUCUGGGCUGCUACCUUUAUGGAACACUGGAAGAGAAAGCAGAUGCGGCUCAACUACAGGUGGGACCUGACUGGGUUUGAAGAGGAGGAGGAGGCAGUCAAGGCUCAUCCCAGAGCAGAAUACGAAGCAAAAGUUUUAGAAAAAUCACUGAGGAAAGAACACAAACAUAAAGAGAAGCAUCGGUAUUUUCCAGAAGAGGCAGCAAACAAAUGGAGACAAAGAGUUAAGACAGUCAUGGCUGGGGUGAAAUUGACGGAUAAAGAGAAGCUGACAUGGAAGGAUCGUUUUCCAGCCUACUUGACCAAUUUUGUUGGCAUUAUCUUCAUGGUGGGGCUGACAUUCGCUAUAGUGUUUGGAGUCAUAAUAUACAGAAUCUCCACUGCUGCAGCACUGGCAAUCAGCGCAACCCCAUCGGGCCGGUCCAGCGUCAGGGUCACUGUCACUGCCACCGCUGUCAUCAUCAAUUUGGUUGUCAUCAUCUUCCUGGAUGAAGUAUAUGGCUGCAUAGCAAGGUGGCUAACUCAGAUCGAGGUUCCAAAAACUGACAAGAACUUUGAAGAGCGUUUGAUCUUUAAGGCUUUUCUUCUGAAAUUUGUCAAUGCCUACACACCCAUCUUCUAUGUUGCUUUCUUCAAAGGCCGGUUUGUUGGACGUCCAGGAGACUACGUCUACAUUUUCCAUUCUUUCCGAAUGGAAGAGUGUGCACCGGGUGGCUGCCUGAUGGAGCUGUGCAUCCAGCUGAGCAUCAUCAUGUUGGGCAAGCAGCUGAUUCAAAACAAUUUAUUUGAGAUUGGCAUCCCAAAAAUGAAGAAAUUCAUAAGAUACAUGAAAUUAAAGCGUCGGCGCUCCUUGGACCAUGAAGAGCACAUUAAAAAAAAGCAGCGUUAUGAAGUAGACUAUAACCUGGAGCCUUUUUCUGGACUUACUCCUGAAUAUAUGGAAAUGAUUAUUCAGUUUGGAUUUGUAACUUUGUUUGUCGCAUCCUUCCCAUUGGCGCCUCUGUUUGCUUUGCUGAACAACAUCAUUGAAAUCCGUUUAGAUGCAAAAAAAUUUGUUACAGAGCUGAGGAGACCAGUAGCAGUCAGAGCAAAGGACAUAGGAAUCUGGUACAAUAUCCUCCGGGGGAUAGGAAAGCUUGCUGUCAUAAUAAAUGCAUUUGUGAUCUCAUUCACAUCCGACUUCAUUCCACGCCUCGUGUACCUGUAUAUGUACAGUGAGAAUGGCACCAUGCAUGGCUUCGUGAACCAUACACUAUCCUCUUUUAAUGUCAGCGAUUUUCAAGCAGGAACAGCUCCAAACGACCCCAUGGAACUUGGCUACGAGGUUCAGAUAUGCAGGUACAAAGAUUAUCGAGAGCCCCCCUGGUCUGAGAAUAAGUAUGACAUUUCAAAGGAUUUCUGGGCUGUCCUAGCAGCAAGACUAGCAUUUGUGAUAGUUUUCCAGAAUUUGGUCAUGUUUAUGAGUGACUUUGUUGACUGGAUUAUCCCAGACAUUCCCAAGGACAUUAGUCAGCAGAUUCAUAAAGAGAAGGUUCUCAUGGUGGAGGUCUUUAUGAGAGAAGAGCAAGGGAAGCUGCAAAUGGAAACCUGGAAAGACAAGGACAAGAAAAAAGGUGAAAACUGUAACAAUCACAGCCCCAGACUCUCCCUGAGCCACAGUGGGAGCUUGUCCUCCUGUCACUCGUAUCCUGUUGAUGUAUAGAAGAGGAUGGAGUUGAUUGUGUCGGGGCAUUCCACUGGUACAUAAGCCAUCACAUAAAGGGCAGGACUUGAAUAAUGGACAACCUGCUGCAUGUUGAAGGAUGUGCUGCCAUUUCGCUCCCAUCUUUGUGAGAAAUGCUCUUCUUGCAAAUACGGAGGACCAUAUUCUAUUUCUGAUAAUGUGUUUUGUUUUUUUCUUUUGCACAAGCAGUAAUGCAGGGAAUUUUUAUAUUUCAUCAUUAGAUAACACUAUUUACAUUGGUGUGCAUUAAUAAAGAUGUACUUAGUAUGUCUUGAUAUUCUCUGAGAAUUUGACCUUAGGAUAAUAACUAAAUCAUUGAAGCUAAAUUUUAAAUAAUGAUAAUACUACUAAUUUAAAAUACUUUUGGAGCCCCAGGCUUGUAGCUCUAUCAGGAAACUUUAAAAAGCAUAUGCAAAAUCAGCAUUAGAGUGUGCCUCCUUUUAGCAGGAGAGGAACCAUGUAAAGUUUACCAGAUUUACUUGCUGUCAAAGUUACGGUUUAGCUCUGCUGGCAGACAUCUGUGUUUGAACCUGCAGGUCUGAAACAAAGCUCCCAUUGAGUUUUAGGGUCAAAUACAUGCCUAGGGCACAUGUGGUUGUCUGCUGCAUGCCUGAGACUUCCACUGGGCAUUGCUCUGUUCACAAGCAUCAGGAAAAUGGAUCUGAAAAAGACCUCCUUACCAGUGCAUAUCUGAUGUGGUGGAAGCUACCUCGGUGCCCCAGGCUGCAUCACCUGUGUUGGAGUGGUCCCCAGAGGCUCCUCACCCAUAGCAAGGCAGCAGCAGCAGCACAAUUUUGGAGAUCUUCCCAGCAGGUCGAUUACUAUGGAGCAUUUUGGUAAAUGCCCUGAAUUAAUGAGCACAUGUAGAGCUACAAUGAGUCAACUGCCCUGCCUGAUAUGCAGCCACCAUUCUUGCUGAGGGGAGUCUCUUUUUCCCUUUGUUUUAGCACAUCCCCUUCUUAGUCAGGUUUUUCUCUGUAGCCCUCUGUCCUCUGCAGGAGAAGGGAGCCGGUUGCCCUUGCAGACUUUGUACUGCUGAAUGGCAUUUCCUGGAGGCUAUGCUGGAAGAGUAAAUCCAAAACAUGUACGCUCAAUGUCUUCAAGGGAAGUUUAGCCUGCACUGGGGCUGCAGGACCAGACCUACAGUUAGUUACAUAACUUCUCUUUUGUCUUAAAAUACCCUAUCUUUUAUACAUGGAGCUUCCUUGAACAGAAGUCUAAAAUCCUUCCUUAUGAAGCCUAUCUAAAUCUCAUCGGUUCGACUCUUUUUAAGCAUAGUACAUUCUAGUUUUGCUUUGUCAAAUGAUGAACUGCACUUCCAAAUAAUAUUGGUGCAAUUAACCUCAUUUCUUUUAUUGCUUUGUCUUGUCCAUGGCGCUUGCAUUAUGAAUAUAAAACUGAAGAAUAAAAUAAAAAGUAAAGAUUUCUUUAAAGUCUAACUACUGUAUGGUUUGUUACAAAACCAAAUGUCAAGACUGUUUUCAGUAGUUGUUUCUUUAUUCUUUUCUUCGUUCUUUGCCAAACUAAUUUAAAGAUUAAUGCCAGAACUAAAAAAGAAAAAAAAAGAAAAAAGAAAAAAAAGAAAAAAGAAAAAAAAGCCAUAUCUAGCUUUUGAUAUAUUUAUUUGUUUUAAAGUAUGUGAUAAACUUGAUAUUUUUCUGUAGUCUGUCCAAAAAAAGGCACCAGAAAAGAUAUUAUGUGGAAGAAAGAAAAUGGUAUUAACCAAAUAUUCUUGAAGCUUAUUUAAAAUAUUGAUCCAACCAAAGAUUUUUAUUAAUAAAGGGCUUAUAUUUUGUUAACUCUUGUUUCUGUUGUAUUUUGACUUGCAGGAAUGUCACUAUUUUUUAAAUUUGUAAUUUAUGAUAGCUUAAUCCAACAGGGCCAAAUCCUGCCUGAUUUAUUCACACUAUAAGCAUUAAGCCUGGCAGUAAGUAUUUACAAGGUCAGGCCCGUGGACUGCAAUAAGUGCAAAUAAAUUAAGCAGAAUUUUGUCUGUGAAUCUUAUACAAGUGUGCUUUCUCUCAUUCCGUGGUAGCCCGAAAGAUCUUGAAGAAAGCUAAAUGUGAACUACCUAUUCUGAAGAGACAUUUAAUGGAACUUCCUCUAAGGGAAUUUCAUCUGUAAAUACUGAUCUGACAGUUCCCAGCUUAAUACUGACAUUCCUGUAAAUGGUAGAACUAUAUCCUGAACACAUACUUAUCAAAAAUUUGCAUUAUUUGCUGAAAUCGAAAUAGUAACAGUGGCUUAUAUUUUCUUUUGUACAGUAAAUUGUUUGAAAUGGAAUUUUGUAUAUAAAAACUGUAUUACUACUUAGAUAACUAUAAAACUUUCAUGGAAUCCUUUUUUUAAGAAAAGUAAAUAUAUACUAAAUCUGUUUUAUUUCUUUUUUUUUUUUUUUUCUCUUUUCUUUGAGCAUUUAUUUGAAAUAAACUUAAACGUGCCAGAGCUGCUUCUGUGGGGUGGGCUCACUUCCCAGUCCUCCUUGUGCUCUGAGUGCAACUGCAAGUACUGCUAGGUUGGAGAAAUAUGGUAACUUGUGUUUGUUUGCAUAAAAAAUGGAUUGUUGACACUCUGCAGUGCUCCUUACGUACUCAGACUGCAGAGACCAGAAGCAGGUGGUUUUUCUGCAGAUAUUGACUUCUCUGUUUAUAGCCAUCUUCUUGACAACUGAGAUUGCAAGUCUUGUGUUGUGGUUGCUGUAGUUCUUUGGGUCAGAGUGCCAUCAAACCCCACUUGGAAUUCUAAUGCAUCCUGCCUUAGGUGUUUCUGUCUCCAUAAGCACAAAGAGAGAUUUGGCUUCUAGCAUUGACAUGGAUGGUGCAUGCACAGUGACAAAUCUUAGCCUGGGAGCUUUAAUUUUCUUUUGAUGUCAGUCUUGGGCAUUUAGCAGAAUGUAAACUGUAAGAGUUUUCACCAAGACUUUUGAAAUGAGCUCAUAACAACUACUUGGCUUGUUCAUUUAAGUUGAAAAAUGUAUUUGUUAUUAGAAGAAAAUAUAAAUGGUAAACUGAAGGAAUUAAACUCAGUGAUUCCUUGGGCUGUGUCCUGAGUGCAGGCCUGGAGUUGCACUGUAGGCCACUUUAAUUGGACUGUGGGAUUUGUGCAAGUAGAGUCGGGUAUAGAACCUCACUUGCCUUUUCCAGUCUCCUUUCUAACUUUUCUGUGAGAAGGAAAAGAAUGAUUCUUCAUUCCAGUUCUUCCUUUUUAUCAGAAAAUAUUAAUGCUUCUAACUGUAAUUGAAUUUAUUUGGUAGGUAAGAAUUCUAUUCAGAGAUAAUGGCUGGGAAAACCAACUCCUAAAAGCUGUAAGCUUUUAGGGACUAUGUACCACACUGUCAAGAACUGCAGUUGGUUCGUGUUGUGCUUGGAUUUGUUUGUUGUCCAAACAAAGGUGAGACCUUAUUUUUCUUCAAAAGAUGCAUCUUUGAAUUAAGCAACAACCUGUGUCAAAUAAUACUUCUCAUCGUUCUAAGUAACUUUUGUAGGAGCAGGUAUAUCACUGCCUGCUUGGUAGCUGAUUUGGUUUCGCUGGUUCUUAAAAACAGAACUGUUGAGCUGAGUUUGUGAAAUAGAAGAUAUCUUCCAUAAAGAUUUGCACCGCAGUUCUGUUCCUAUUCCUGACAGGUUGGUUGGUGUUUGUUCUGUGUUUUUUUUUCUAUUUGUGAUGCAAGUAGUAACAAAUACUGAUUAUACUGAUGGCAAAUUUGGGGAAGAGUUAUGCUAAUACAGAUUUAAUGGAAGAGGUGGGGGGGGGAAGAAAGAGAAGCAGGGAACUGGAGGUGAGCAAGGAAUAACUGAAAGCAGCUGGAUGUGACUUGCAGCUGCCAUAGGGGAUAGCUAUUCAUCUUGUGAACGACUUCCUAUGGUUUGCAUGCAAACCUGUGCUUGACAUACUUCUGCCAAAAAGUUCUAAGUACAAAAGUCUUUUGAUUAAAACAAAACAAAUCAGUGUAUCAAACAGGAAAAUCUCUAUCAAAGAGCAGAGGUCUUGACAAGAAGCUGCAGAUAAAGAGAAUAGUAGGAAAGAUUAUAGCUGGAAGUGGCUAUGUAGAACUGUUGCUAAAAUAGAGUGUUUGCAUUUUGCUAACCAAAGUUUGUGGAAAAAGCAGAAUUUCAGUUGGUACAUCUGAGGAGGAAAUCACACGCACUCUGUUGUGUUGACAGUACAAGUCUGAAUCUUCUGGAUUUCGAUGUCACUGUGUUUCUAAGAUACCAUAUUACAAAUAUUUUGCAGUCUUAAAUAGCUUAAGGGUGAAUAAGUCUCAAGUCAAGGCACAGAUAUGUUUCUAUUUU